CUUCACUUCUUAAGCUUACCUCGUCUUGAAGAAACAGUUUUGACGAGUACCAAAACACCGUAAACACCCCCACCCUUAUGUCAUUAUAGUCUCUCGUAGAGAUUAUCAACACUCUUUUUUAUCUCUUUCGGUUCUUGAUCUCCGGUUGAGAAAUGGUCUGCUCGGAGCCGACGCGCUCAUUUCCGAGCUAUCUGGCGUCCUCGUCCUCGUCGUCUUCGGUUUCGGUCGGCGGCGAAGGCGCGGCUGAUCCGGUGAUGGUGAAGGAGGAGCUGGAGGCGGCCGAGGCGCUUGCGGAUUUGGCGCAUUUGGCGAUGCGCGAGAAUAGCGGCACCGAAUCCGCCGGGAAUUGGGGGGUCAAAGGGAAACGAGCUAAGAAGCGAGUCAAGAGUGAGUCUCCGCCUACGCCCUCCAGUUCGAGCCCGGUUGUUCCGGAUCUUCUUCCGCAGCAGGAUCAAGCAGUAAUAGGUCCAGUGCAAUGGGAAAGGGUAUCCGCAAAUGUUGAAGAACCAGUGAAGACUGAGCUGGUUCUAACCAAAAAGAUUACAAAGACUGAGCAAGACGCAGAAGUGACCAACUCAACUCCUAUCUGCACUACAAGUUAUCCAUCAUUUAACUGCACUAAGUCAAGGCGAAAUCUCACUGAGGAGGAAAAAGAAGAACGGAGAAUACGAAGGAUCUUGGCCAAUAGAGAGUCAGCUAGGCAGACGAUUCGCCGAAGGCAGGCUCUAUGUGAUGAUCUGACUAAAAAAGCUGCAGAUUUAACAUUGGAGAAUGAAAGUCUAAAGAGGAAAAAGGUAUUGGCCUUAAAACAAUAUCAGUCCUUGGAAGAAACAAAUAGGCUCUUAAAAUUUCAGAUGGCUAAGGCGAAAAAAGCAGAGAUUGAGGAGACUGCUGAUGAAAAUAUGUCAGCCUAUAUGAAAAUACCGUCGUCUUCACCUACCAAUUCCCCUUUGUUCUUGUUUAACCGUCCACCAUUUACACCCGUUUUCUGGCCUUCUAUCAUUCAAUCUUCAAAUUCCAUUCAGUUGCAGCAGGUACCACAAAAUCCAAUGGGGAUUCCAUCAAACAUCUCUUUAUCCUGUAAUGUGACAGCUGAUUCUUCACAUGAACCUGGAAACCCCAUAAACAUUAACGGAUCAAGAACCCCUAUGUAUGUAUUUCCAUGUCCUUGGUUCUUCCCUCAUUAUGAAAACGGGAAUGUACUCGAACCUCAGUCGUCAUGCCUAGAAAUUAAACAAGAAGGAGCUUUUUUUAAUAGUCAGGGAAUUGCUAGUUCAUCUUCAAGAAAUGCUGUACAGUUGGAAAACAACCAGUCAAGUUUCCCUGUUAGAUUAGACACAGAAGCUUCUGGCACAGUAGAAACCAAACCAAGUACUGAUCUAACUGAAAACCCAGCUCAGUUUCCUGACGAUAGAGGUGACCAACAUACAGGCAUUCACCACAAGGAAGAAGAAUCUCGAGAGAUGUUUCUUCCUCUGCUUAACCGUGGAGGAGUCUCAUCCAAUAUAAAGCAUGAAAGUGAACUGCAGUUAGAUGUUGGUGCCAAUUUUGAAAAGUCUUCAACAGCAGGCCAUCCAUUUUCUGCCUUGACGGAGAAGAAUAGUGAACCGAUCAUCUACCCCAGUAGGAAAAUGGCGGACGCCAUUGCAGCAGCUGAGGCGCGAAAGAGGAGGAAGAAACUCACGAAGCUAAAGAACCUCCACGGACGUCAAUGUCGAAUGCAAUGUUAAGCGUUGGGAUCAAACAUUGGGCAAGUAAAAUCUUGUGAUUUUCAUGGGAGUCGUUUAUUUCUUAGGGCUCCUUGCAGAUGGAGAGCAGAUCACAA